AUGGCGACCUCCACCCCAUCAACGGACAACUGGUCAUCCGCCGCCUACCAAAACGCCGCCGCCUUCGUCCCCAAACUAGCCACCAAAGUAGUCCAAUGGCUCGACGUCCAACCCACCGACAAAAUCCUCGACAUAGGCUGCGGUGACGGCAUCCUCACGAACGACCUCGCCAAAACCCUCACCACCGGCACCCUCCACGGCAUCGACUCCUCUGCCUCUAUGAUCAGCACCGCCACUGCCUCCGCACCAGCUAACACAACUUACGCUGUCCUGGAUGCACGCUAUCUCUCGUCUACCCCCUCCCUACAAAAGGGGGCUUUCACGAAGGCUUUCUCUAACGCGGCGUUGCACUGGAUUCUCCGUGAUGAGGCGUCGCGCGUAGACGUCUUCCGCGGUGCGCAUGCCGCCCUCGCGCCGGGAGGAAGGCUUGUGUUUGAGACGGGCGGCCAGGGCAAUGUGGCUGAGAUGGAGGCUACGCUCUUGGCAGUCGUGGCGCGGCGAAUUGGGAUGAAGCGCGCGCGAGAGGUCGAUCCGUGGUUUUUUCCGGAUGAGAAGUGGAUGAGGAAUGUAUUGGGGGAGGUUGGAUUUGCCGUUGAAGAUGUGGAACUAGAGUAUCGGCCUACGAAGUGUGAGGAGGGUGCUGGAGGUGGAGUGGAGGGGUGGGUUAGGUUGAUGGGGAAGUUAUUUUUGGAUGCGGUAGCGGAUGAGGAGAGGGAGGAGUGUGUGAAGGAGGUGGUGGAGGCGUUGGAGACGGUUGUGGGGAGUGCGGGCGGGGGGUAUUAUUUGGGGUACAUGAGGUUGAGGGUUAAGGCGAGGAAGAUCUGA